AUGAAUACCGAUGAACCCUUGACGUCACACGUCCGUCCUGCAACAGACGUAGUGCUCACUAUUCGUAUAGUGAAAUCAUUCCCCUACAGGAACGUCAAGAACCAUAUUCUACCAUCGGUCAACUUGAAGGAAACCACUCCACUGGAUUUAAUAAAGUCUCUCCGCAACAUCAUAAACACUACUGGUGGUUUGAGACCAUACCGUAACGUCACAUACGACACCCUUAAGAUCUACACCAAGGCCCAUGGCUCCAAGUCGAUGCAAUUGGUUAUAAACUUGGACCACGAUGACGACUGGGUUUUGCUCUGCGAGGACACCUCCAACCCCAUCGCCGGAGACGGAAAGUCCUUGUACGAGUUGGAGGUCGAGAACGAAACCGAAAUCAGCAUGUUCAAUUGGUCCGACUACCAGGAAUUCAAGCAAAACCCCGAAGAAAAAUGGUAG